AUGGAGCUAAAGUCCCACGCCGCGGCUGCUUUCCAAUCCAUGCUCCGCCAGCCAGGGCCGCCGAUCUGGUCCAUUCAUCCCGAGGCCAUCGGCCACACCAGGCCCUACCUUGAAACCUUCCGCCAUGCCAUCCUUCCCAUCUUCCCGGUAACCACCCCGCAAGUGAUCGCGCGCAUCGAAAAGCUCAUUGACGAGGAAAGAUACCUCGACCUUGCCGCCGGGACCACCUUCAUCUACCAGGCCGCUGCAUUCGGCGCGCUCCAUCGGGCGUUGCAGAGUCCGGGUGAUCCAUGUCCCGCUCACUUGUCUAAGGUUGCCCAAUUCCGUCUCUGGGCCAGCCAAAGCGAGGGCAUGGAGAACCAGAAACAAUACGACUAUACCGGCACCGGGCUGCGGAACUUUGACCAUAUCAUGCUCUUCGCUUACUGGGAUGUUUUGGUUGGCAGCCGGGACGAGAUGAAUUACAGACGCAAUACAUUGGAGGAGAUCAUCAUGAACUUGAAGGAUACCAGGGGUGAAGAUGCAAUCCCGUUCGUCCUUUGCGGAGAAUUAAUAAGAGCACUUGGGUCGAAGAACAUGCGGCAGUAUGGGAGGAUGAUCAACAAGGUAUCGAUACCAAGACAGAAGUAUCAGGCCUACAGAACUCAACCAGACAUCGCCGCAAGCUUGGUCAACCGGUUAAGCAUCCUCAACUUCCAAGGCAACCUCUCCACCGACGCAGAUAAGACAGGGCACUUCGACUUCCUCACGCUCAACCAUGUGCAGCAGGCCCUUCCUCGAUUGCGGAUGCCUUAUCACUGCAACCCCGAGUCUCUCUUCAUUGUCGAGAGGAAAUAUGCGACCCUAUCGAGGUUUAUCACAUCACUCGGCAAUGUCUCCACGUCUUUCUACAUCACUGAAGGCACCGAGGUGUCACCAGAAGCUCAAGCUGCCCUGUGCAUAGCUCUCCAAACUUCCUUCUACGAAGCCAUCGCCAAGUCUCUCGCUGUGACAUUCGGGUUCAAGACGUAUCCUUCGGAGUUGGAAUAUGAGGUGCUUUGCAUGCUGGCCGAGAGAUGCCAGGCCAGUACCGGAUUCUAUCGGUUGUCUUCAAUCAACGGGGAGAUUUACGCUAUUGCCCGUCUACAUGAGCUUUAUAAGCGGGAUCCGAGCCGUGUGAACUUACAGAAUGUGUCUCGUUUGCAGCAGCGAUUCUUUGACUUCCUAAAACGAAUAACCCCAAGGAAUACCAGCCGUCCUCCGAAAGUGCGGUCCCAUGAGCCACCGCAUGAAAUCUCAGAUCCCGAGGAUGAGCACAGGCCCAGCAAGCGCCGCAAGGUCUUUGCACAGGCUCGGAGAUGA